CCCGAGGACACGCCCCCUUCCCAGACUGCUUCCGCCCGCGGGGUCCGGCUCAGUAUCCGGCGUCUGGAAGGUGAAUGAGGCCUGUGCGACUUAUGAAGGUGUUUGUGACGCGCAGGAUCCCCACCGAGGGCAGCGCCGCGCUAGCCCGGGCCGCAGACUGUGAGGUGGAGCAGUGGGAUUCCGAUGAGCCCAUCCCCAGCAAGGACCUGGAACGGGGCGUGGCCGGGGCCCAUGGCCUGCUCUGCCUCCUCUCUGACCGCAUAGACAAGAAGCUCCUGGAUGCCGCAGGAGCCAAUCUCAAAGUCAUCAGCACAAUGUCCGUGGGUGUCGACCACUUGGCUUUGGAUGAAAUCAAGAAGCGUGGGAUCCGUGUGGGCUACACCCCAGAUGUCCUGACAGAUGCCACGGCCGAACUCGCCGUCUCCCUGCUGCUCACCACCUGUCGCCGGUUGCCUGAGGCCAUCGAGGAGGUGAAGAACGGCGGCUGGACCUCGUGGAAGCCCCUGUGGAUGUGUGGCUACGGCCUCACACAGAGCACCGUUGGCAUCAUCGGGCUGGGGCGCAUAGGCCAGGCCAUUGCUCGGUGUCUGAAACCAUUCGGUGUCCAGAGAUUGCUUUACACAGGGCGCCAGCCCAGGCCUCAGGAAGCAGAGGAAUUCCAGGCAGAGUUUGUGUCCACCCAGCAGCUGGCCGCUGAGUCUGAUUUCAUCGUCGUGGCCUGCUCCUUAACACCUGCAACCAGGGGGCUCUGCAACAAGGACUUCUUCCAGCAGAUGAAGAAAACGGCCGUGUUUGUCAACAUCAGCAGGGGAGAAGUGGUGGACCAGGACGACCUGUACCAGGCCCUGGCCAGUGGUCAGAUUGCAGCUGCUGGACUGGAUGUGACAACCCCAGAACCACUGCCUACAAACCACCCUCUCCUGACCCUGAAAAACUGCGGUUAUUUGUGACUUCCAAAAUAUGGAUGUCUCCUACCCGGUCAGUGCUAGACUGGGGAUCUGAAAAACUCCGGUCGCUGCUCUCGGGGCUGAGGUCUAUCUUCUCGGCACUGACCACCACUCCCUCCACCUCCACCGAUUCGCUGCCUUCCGCUUGGGAGGUCACGUCGCUCACUUCAUCCUGAGGCUCAGGAGAGCUCAGGGGCUCAGAUUUAACCACCACUCUCAUGUGCUCCUUCUCACCAAGGCCAGCCUCAGGGUUUUCGCACUGAAAACCACUUUUCUCAGGUGUGGCUUCCUGCUCAAAACUAGCCUCGACCUGAGUGGCGCGGGAGGCCAUGGAGAGCUGGGUCACGUUGCCGGUGCUGUUGUCGGACUGGCUGGGCACCUGGGCAUCUUCUUGAGCACCAAAGGGCCGGUCAAAUAUGAUGGCGCUGUCGUCCUGGGUGUCGGUCAUCCCGUCAGCUUUAGGGUUAUCCACGAUCUUCAGAGAAUCUGGUGAAAAGAACUCCUCCCGAGAAUGAACCCCCGGCCCAUUCUCUGGCGUAACGUCGGAGAUGGCAGACUCAUCCAGGGUGGGUCGGAGCCGCUGUCUGGCCCGCUCCUCUGCAGACUGCUUGCGCUUAUGCAGGCGUCUCAUGGGGAACGGUGUCCGCUGGUCCAGGUUACUGCGCAUCGAGGAGCUCAUGGGGGCCGGCUGCUCCUCACCACUCUGGCUGGAAUUGAGGGCUGAGCUCACGAUGCUCAGUCCCAGCUGCUGCAGCAUAAAGGAGCGCUGCAUGCGGGCACUCUGCUCCUGAACGCGCUCGGUGGGGGGAGACAUGGGCAGCGUCCUUGUCGUUAGGUAAUGUUUACAUGCCUUAACAACAGAGUUCAAGUGCAGGUGAGAGGCUGCCAAUAAGACAUCCAUAACAUUGCUCUCCCCCAGCAUGAGGGUGGAGGUAUACAUCAUGUCAAUCAGUGCGGCAAAGGCCUCCGCUGUCACUACCUCGCUAUCCAACUGGAUCAUGUUCAUGGUCUGAUCUCCCUCUGCCACAGAGAACAGGGCUCGGAAAUGUGUACUGCAUGCUGCUAGUACCGAGCGGUGGGCUUUGAAAUGUCUGUUCCCCACUACAAUGACACAAUCACAGAGCUGGCCGUGAAGUCUCUGGUAGUUCAGCUGCUGGAAGAUCUGUUCAAAGUGGCCAGGAAAAUCCAUGAUCCUAUAAAAAAAAAAAGAAAGUGUUAAGACGCAGAAGAGCUUAAGUCAAAGGGCACAGAGGGUGUGACGACAAGAGAGGCAUGGGGACUUCCCUGGCGGUCCAGUGGUUAAGACUUCGCCUUCCAAUGCAGCGGGUGCGGGUUCGAUCCCUGCUCGGGGAGCUAAGAUCCCACAUGCCUCGCAUCCAAAAAACCAAAACAAAAAACAGAAGCAAUGUAACUAAUUCAAUAAACACAAAAAAUGGUCCACAUCAAAAAAAAAAAAAUCUUAAAAAAAAGAGGGAGGCAUGAAUGACCAAGCUUGGACCUUUCAAAGCUCGUGAUGUUUCUGAUGGUGGGCACGCAGACUAAACACCUGUCCAAUAAGGAGCAAAUGCUGAUUCGGCUAACAGCCCUGGAAGCCUGCACACACACACAGAUCAGCUACGGGCUGUUUACAGCCUCCCCUUCACCCUUACAUGACCCACUUUUAACACUUAGGGUCCAUGUUAGAAAAGACCAGUGUGUGGGUGAUGCAACAUCUAUCUAUACCUGAGAAGUCAGAGUUCUGCACUCCCUGAGGACAAUAAAUAAACUCCAAGAAAUUAUAAACAGUCUUUUAGCAACCUUAAAUAAAUAAAAAGGGCAUAUCAAUAUUAGUGGGGAAGAUUUCCAGUUAUAGAUGGUAGUAGAUUGCACUCAUGCAUUUACCCUCUCCACCCUUAAAGUUUUUUGGUUUUGUUAUUGUUUUAAAGGUAAAAACCCACAAGGGAAAAAAGAGUGGGAAAGAAAUAUCAAUAGCAUUUUGGAAGCUGGUGAGCAGGUAAACGAAUACAUGCUGACUGACUUAGCAUGCCCAGAAAGCUGAAUCCUAAACUGGCAGUGGCUAAAACAACCUGACAUAUAUAAACCCCCACCCACCCAGAGGCUCAGAACUGGCUGCCAAGGUGCCAGGGGAAGUGGAGUGAAGAUGAUGUCAAGACAAGGGGACUGGCUGGAAGUCUAUUCGAUAAAAAAAUAAUCUAAUGGACGUUCCAUACCUGUGGCACAGAAAAGGUAAAGCUAUAGAGACAGAGAGUAGAUUAGUGGUUUUCUGGGACCGGGGUUGGGCUCGGGGCAGGACUGCAAGUGGGAAGAGGGACUUCUGGGGGCAUGAUGGAAAUGUUCUAAAAUUGGGGUAUGAUGAUUACACAUCAAAUUCUCUAAAAAUAUUUGAACUGUACACUUAAAACAAGGAAUUUUAUGGUAUGUACAUAGACCUCAAUAAAGCUCAAUAAAUUAAACUUCAAAAAAAAAAAGAAGAAAAACAAGAGAUGAACAA